AUACCAAAUCCCUAAUUUUUUCCCCAAUCUCUCUCUACUCUUCGAUUUUAAUACUCCUUUGAAACCGUAAUUUUCCUUUAUCCGGCUUCCUGGAAGAUUCGUGAGCACUGAUUUGUGCUAUUUAGCUUCCGAUCUGCCGAUCUAAUGCUGAUUUCGAGUUGAUUUGGCUGGUGGAGUUGUUUCAGUGUUGAUUUCAAGCCUGGGUGCUCUCGUGUUGUAGAUUCGUCGAUGGCGGAUUCACGGAGGCAUGGAGCAGUCCCUCAAUUAGAUAUUGAGCAGAUUCUUGUGGAAGCCCAGAAUCGAUGGCUACGCCCUGCUGAAAUUUGUGAAAUCCUUCGGAACUAUCAGAAGUUUCGUAUUGCUCCAGAGCCUCCCAAUAAACCGCGGAGCGGUUCACUUUUCCUUUUUGAUCGGAAGGUACUGAGAUACUUCCGGAAGGAUGGGCAUAAUUGGAGGAAGAAAAAAGAUGGAAAGACUGUCAAAGAAGCUCAUGAGAGGCUUAAAGCUGAAAGUGUUGAUGUGCUGCACUGUUACUAUGCUCAUGGAGAAGAAAAUGAAAACUUUCAAAGACGGAGUUAUUGGCUACUUGAUGAGGAUCUCAUGCACAUUGUUCUUGUGCACUAUCUUGAAGUCAAGGGUAACAGAUCAAACUUUAAUAGAUCUAGGGAUGCUGAAGAACCUGUGCAAAGUGCUCAUAUAACUACACCAACCAGUUCUAGUUCUUUCACAAAUCAGAACCCAUCACCUUCCCGGGCCAUGGAUGCAGAAAGCCCAAUCAGUGCACAAACUUCAGAAUAUGAAGAUGCUGAAUCUGCAGAUAAUUGUCAAGCAAGUUCCAGAUACCACCCUUUCCCUGCGUUGCAACAGCAUGAUGAUGGACAUGUGAGGGAUGCACACCCCUUGAAUCCUUAUACUCCAGUUCCAUCUUUAGGUAACCAUGAAAGUUUUCAGGGAGCAGCACCUGAAUCUGAAUUUUAUUCGGUUGCUCAAGAGGAUAUUACUAAAGUUUUAGAUGAAUCAGGCAUUGGAUUCACAUUCACUGGGCCUCGUACUCAAUUUGACUUGGCGUCUUGGGAGGAUGUCUUCAAACAUUCUACUGCAGGAUUCGAGAAUACAUUUUUCCAACCAAUGGCUGGGACAGAAGCUGAUAUAGGAGGUGGUGUUGCAAACCUAGAGGCCUCACCACUGAUGGAACUUCUCAUGGAUGAUUUGACUACAAGCCAAGUUGAUGGUAAUAAUACUCAAGGCAAAGCAAUAUGGCAGUUCCCUGAAUCUGGAGCUGGUCCAUCUGGCACUUCACGAAGUGAUGAUCUUAUGAAUGGUCUUUAUAGAGAAGGGAAUAUCGAUUUACCAUCCCUCAUAAAGCAGAGAUCUCUGGGCCUGUCUAACCCUGAAGAAGGUUUAAAGAAAUAUGACAGUUUCUCAAAAUGGAUGAGCAAAGAACUUGGAGAAGUAGUUGAUGCUCAAUUAAAUUCCAAUUCUGAUGUUUACUGGGACUCUGUGGAAAGCGGUGGUGUUCUUGAGGAUCCAUCCAAACAAGAACAAUUGGAUGCAUGCUUAAUAAGCCCUUCCCUUUCGCAAGAUCAGCUUUUCAGCAUUAUUGACUUCUCUCCAAACUGGUCUUAUGGUGAUAAAGAAACUGAGGUUCUAAUAACUGGAAAAUUCUUGAGAAGCAGAGAUGAGGUGGAAAACUGCAAAUGGUCGUGCAUGUUUGGGGAAGUAGAAGUGCUAGCAAGUGUUAUAUCUUUUGAUAUUCUCCGUUGUCAUGCUCCUAAACAUAAAUCUGGGAGGGUUCCUUUCUAUGUUACUGUAUCUAACAGGUUGGCUUGCAGUGAAGUUCGGGAAUUUGAAUUUCGAGUUAAUCGUGAUCGAGCUAUGGGUGCUUCAGAUCCAUACAAUAGCAGUGUUGAUGGAAUAAAUUUACAGCGCUUUGAGAGAAUGUUAUGUCUUGAAUCAGUGAAACCUUCAGAGCUCUUUGACAAUAGUGGUGGCAUGCCUUAUUCAAGCAGUGUAAUUGGCUGGCCACCUGUGGAAGUUAGUGAUGACUUGAAUUGGGCCAAUAACAAAGAGUUGUACUCUGAAAGCCUGAGGGAUGUGUUGAUUCAGGAGCCAUUGAAGGAGAAGCUGUAUGCUUGGCUUCUUUGUAAAGUUGCUGAAGGGGGCAAAGGUCCUUGUGUUUUAGACAAGGAGGGACUUGGAGUACUUCAUUUAGCAGCUGCUCUGGGUUACGAUUGGGCUAUAGAACCAAUAACAAAUGCAGGUGUUAACAUCAACUUCCGAGAUGUGCAUGGGUGGACAGCCCUUCAUUGGGCUGCCUUCUGUGGAAGAGAACGGAUGGUUGUUUCCCUUGUUGCCCUGGGUGCUGCUCCAGGUUUGCUAACAGAUCCAACUCCUGAAUUUCCUUCUGGGAGAACACCUGCAGAUUUAGCAUCCGUAAAUGGCCACAAAGGGAUUUCUGGUUUCCUGGCUGAGGCUUCCUUAACAUCCCAGCUUUCUACCCUUACUUUAAAGGACUCAAGUGGUGUCAAUGCAGGGGAUGUUUCUGAUGUCAAAGCUGUUGAGGAUGUUGGAGAAAAGAAUGCUCUGCAGAUUUCUUAUGAAGAUAUGCCAGAUGGACUCUCAAUGAAAGACUCACUGAGUGCUGUAAGGAAUGCUGCUCAAGCAGCAGCUCGUAUCCAUCAAGUUUAUAGAGUUCAUUCAUUCCAAAGGAAGAAAUUAAUUGAAUGCGGUGAUGAUAAGCGUGGAUUAUCUAAUGAACGUGCACUUUCAUUUAUAUCUGUAAAGUCGGUUAAAACUGGACAGCAUGAUAUGCCUGUGCAUGUUGCUGCAAUAAGAAUACAAAAUAAAUUUCGAGGAUGGAAAGGGAGAAGGGAGUUCUUGAUAACCCGGCAACGGAUAGUCAAGAUCCAGGCUCAUGUUCGUGGUCACCAAGUACGGAAACAUUAUAGACGAAUUGUGUGGUCUGUUGGAAUUGUGGAGAAAGUUAUACUGCGUUGGAGGAGAAAAGGAAGUGGAUUGCGUGGUUUUCGGCCAGAAGGGCAGAUUGUGGGCCCUUCUGUGCAAGCACAAGAGGCCAAUGAUGAUUAUGACUUCCGGCAAGAUGGCAGGAAACAGACUGAGGCCAGGCUGGAGAAGGCACUUGCUAGGGUGAGAUCUAUGGUCCAGUAUCCAGAAGCAAGAGAUCAAUACAGGAGAUUGAUGACCAUUGUCACCGAACUCCAGGAUUCCAAGGUCAUGCAGGAUGAUGUAAAUGAGUCAGAUGCUACUGAUGGUGAUUUCAUGACUGGUCUCGAGGAGCUUUGUGAUGAUGACACAUUAAUUCCUUAUGCUUAAUGCUGCCUAGGUUGCUUGGUAUUGCUGUCACAGAAUGAAAAGCCUCUUGUUGUCCAAAUGCUGUUAUGUACAUACCCCGGUUGUUUGCCUUUCAAAAAUUAGUAUGCUUUUAUGAAUAGCCUACUAAUUUAGUGGAAUAAUCUGACCUUUUGCCGCCAAAGACAUUAUAUUUAUAUAUAUAUAUAGAAUUAUGGUUAUAUGGAAGAAGUCUGGAAAACCAUGUAAUGUAAUGUAAUGCUGUGUGCUUUUUGUUCUUUCCUGGACUCUUUGUAGUUGUAAUGUACAUUGUUGUUUUCUGAUUAUAGAGACUUGGUUGCCGCA